AGUCCGGAGUCUUGAAGGCGUGUCGAUAUGGAGUCGGAACAUGAUCAUUUCAGGUCCCUGGAUCAAGAUCUUGUAUUAGAUAUAAUGUCGAGGCUUGAUGGCUGUACACUUGCAGCCAUGGCUUCGACAUGUACUUGUCUGUCGGAUGCUGCGAGGGAAGAUAGGUUGUGGCAGAAGAUAUGCGGCGACACAUGGCCUUCAACCUCGAAUCGACUGCUUCGGGUCCAGAUUGCAUCUUCUAACCAAGGAGGUUUCAAGAGUUUCUAUGCGAAUGCCUUUCCACUGAUCUUGUAUAAGGCAACAAGAGAAGCUUUGGAAAACAUUCCUGCAGGUUCUGCAAAUGACACAGAGCCAUCUCCCUGGGAUUUCAUGUCGUUAGUUGACAUAUAUUUCAAGGGGAGCAUUAUUUGUUCCAAGGUCGUUGAUGGCAUAAUGGAAAGUACAUAUGGUAAUUGCAACGACAAUGUCAAAAGGUUUUUGUGCUACCCGUUUAAAUUAGACUUGCACAGUGUUCAUAGUCCAAAAGAUUCAAGCAAUUAUUAUCAAGAUUUUGGCAGCUUGGAGGAUUAUACAAAGUUACCUCCGGAUGCCUUCAAGGGUUAUGAAGACAGAGAAGAUGCAUGCAAAGAGCUUCUUCAAGACCUCCGACUAAGCUGGAUUCUGUUUGACAAGAGACAAGGAAAGGCUGUCAAUAUCUCAAGUUGGAAAGCAAGAUCUAUUUACCGGAGCAACCCUUCUGCUAAUGGCUAUGUACUUUGUUUUGGGUGCAUAAUACCCAUUGAUGACGACAAUAUACUAACUCAACCAGUGGCAGAGUGUGUGAUAACCGCUAAAUGCAAUUUGAUGAUCAAGCAAGGAUGCAUAAAAUGGAAGGAGAUCACACUAGUGAUUAAACAAAUAGAUGGGUCACAUCUUAAUGGGGAGCGAAGCAUGGUCGUCAUGAAGCAGGCGACUAACUGUACCCGAAGUAUAAAUCACUGCCUGGUGGAAUUGGGCUACCAGCAAUUCUACAAACUGAAAAAUGAACUGAAAUGGAGGAAUGAGCAAGAGGAGUCAUCAGCUAACAUAUUAUCAGCAGUGACUGCAAUAGUUACCCUACUGGGUAUUUGCUAUGCCUGUGCAACACUGUUCUAAUACUUAAUAGUUUGUGACAAGCUUUGUUCAUAAUUAUGAUAAAACAUCAUAUUUGUAUAUACAGAUUUAAGCAUCUAUA